AUGUUAAAAGGGGACUCACCAAAAGAGUGGAACAGACUAGUCAAUCUUCACAAACCUAUCACGACCCAAGUCUGGGAAAGGCUUUACCCAAAGCUAUUACGUCUGCUCAAAUUUAGCAAACGUCGAGCAAAGUUCGCACGCGCUGAAACCCGACGUUUGGACCGGCACAAAGUUGUAGAAGAAAUGCUGGUGCAAACCAGAGGAACUUUGCGCGCGUCUGUCGAGAUGGCCAGUAUCGGUCAUGGUUCAAUAACUAACAAUGGCACAGCAUAUAUGCCUUUCCCAACCUUGGUUGAGCUCCUCGAUUAUCCCGUAUUCAAGGACCUGAUUGAGACAGAUCGUUCUAUUGGAGCUACCAAGAUUAAGUUUCUGGACAACUUCAUCGUCGUCAGUAAAGCCAUCUUCGAUUGGCGUGCUGGACUCGAAGGAUAUUUAGCUGGACUCGUGAAUUACGGCCGAAGUAUCAGGAAACGGGAAUGUUACCCUGGUAACGAAUUUAUUGGAGAGCCAGCACAAAUUUCUUCUGAAUUUACUGCUGCAUCAUAUGCGUUCAUAACGCCUCAAAACAGUAUCCUAUUUCGGGCAGACAGUGUUUUCUUAUAUGAUUUGUAUCCGUUGCAAGUGGUAUUCUACCCUGGAAGCUUUACGCAGCACUUGGAUAAGGAACUUAAAACACCACGGUCGAAUGAGGAUGGCAAAUCUGCGCUAGAUUCAUUCUUUUCAAAAGUCAAGUAUGAUACCCAAGGCGCUGGCUGCGCCGCAGCACUGUUAAAAGAGCUCGGUCGCCCAGAUAUAUCACAUGUGGAAAUGGAAGCACUGGGCGAGCGAUAUGCGGUUACAAAUGGUUCUCAGAUCCAUCUAAGACCAAGAAUUGUCUUUAACAAUGUUCACGAUUGGAAUGCCUGGUCCGAGCGACCACUUGUAAGGCUGUUGAAUAGUCAGGAAAUCAAUGCCCACAAUGCUAGAACGUGUUCGAUAUAUGCUGGUGGAAGGACGGUAGCUUGUCGGAUCUGCUCCGAUAUCAAGGUUUCGUGGUCUGAUGCCCACAUGCUCACAAUGCUUCACUUGCGGUAUUGCCACGAUGUGCUCCAGCCGGUGGUUGGUGAACACUAUUUUAAUCUAUCGAUCGAAUACCCGAGUUCUGAUGGCCAGAUCCUUGGGACUACCAACACCGCGUAUUCUGGGAGUUGA